AUGGCGGAGGAGCAGCCCGACAGCCUGGAGGGCUGGGUGCCGCUCCGCGAGGACCUGUUCGCCGGACCCGAGCGGCACCAGCUGCGCUUCCUCGUGGCCUGGAACGCCGCGGAGGGCAAGUUCGCCGUGACCUGUCACGACCGCACGGCGCAGCGGCAGUGGCGGCGGCGGCGCCCCGAGGAGAGCCGGCCGGAGCCAGCCGAGGCCGCGGCGAGGCCCUCGCCCAGCUGGGCCGGCCUGCUGUCGGCAGCCGGGCUCCGCGGCGCGCACCGGCAGCUGGCGGCGCUCUGGCCGCCCCUGGAGCGCUGCUUCCCGCGGCUGCCGCCCGAGCUGGACGCGGACGGCGACGCCGGCGCCUGGGGCCUGGGGCUCGGGCUGUGGGCGCUGCUGUGGCCGGCGCGCGCUGGCCCCGGCGACGAGGCGGCGCUGCACGAGCUGUGCGGCCAGCUGGAGCGCUACCUGGGCGCGGCGGCCGACGGCUGCGGCGGGGCCACGGUGCGCGACGCGCUCUUCCCGGCCGAGGCCCCCGCGGCCGACUGCGAGGGCACGCGCGAGUUCCGGGAGCGCACGCUGCGCGCGCGGUGGGCCGGGGCGAGCGCGCGGCUGCGCCAGAUUCUCCAAGGACAUGAAGAAGCCAACACCAUGGUAGCAUUAAUGAAGGUUUACCAGGAAGAAGAUGAAGCAUACCAGGAGCUGGUCACGGUGGCAACCACGUUCUUCCAGUACUUGCUGCAGCCAUUCAGGGACAUGCGAGAAGUUGCAACUUCAUGUAAGCUUGAAAUUUUGAAGUCUCUGGCUGAGGAUGAGCUGGGUCCCAAAAGGGUAGCAGCCCUGCAGAAGGAAGCCCAGGAAUGGGCCCGGCAGGCAGAAGACGCUGUCGCCUCCAUUCAGGAUAUCACGGUGAAUUAUUUCAAGGAGACAGUGGCAGCGCUAGCAGGAAUGCAGAGGCAAAUGGAGCAGGAUAGGAAGAGGUUUGGCCAGGCUACCUGGGCCACAGCCACUCCCAGGUUAGAAAACCUCAAGCUGAUGCUGGCCCGAGAGACUCUGCAACUCAUGAGAGCCAAAGAGCUGUGUUUAAACCAGCAGAGAGCUGCCAUUCAGGGGAAGAUAGAAGAUCUUCCAGAACAAGGAAAAAAUAUAGAUAUUGUAGAUGAAUUGGAAAUACAGUUUUAUGAAAUCCAGUUAGAACUCUUUGAGGUUAAACUUGAGAUAUUACAAAAUGAAGAAAUGCUGCUAACUACACAGUUGGACUCUAUUAAAAGACUUAUAAAAGAGAAAGAGAAUGAAGUCAUCUACUAUGAUCCGUGUGAAAACCCAGAGGAGCUGAGCAUGGCAGAGCGGGCGGGGGCGCUGCAGGACGGGCAGAGCGCAGAGGUGCACCAGCUGAGCCAGCGGCAGAGGCAGCUGGAGGCGAGGCGGGGCAGCCUCUGUGCCCGAAGGGCCCGGCUCAGGAACCUGAAGGACCGAUGCAAGGAAAACCAUCGGCUCAGAUUGCAGCAGGCCGAAGCAAGUGAGAGAUAUGCCCGGCAGCACCACGGCAUUCAGAAGAAAAGAGACAAAAUAAGAGAAGAGGAGCAUAAGAAGAAAGAAUGGAUCAACCAGGAACGCCAAAAAACACUCCAGCGAUUGAGAGCAUUUAAGGAGAAACGUCCAGCUGGGUCUGCAUUAAGAACCGCCUGCUCCAAACCUGUAGCCCCAGACCCGUCGGGUGGCCCCUCGGCAGGGACACCUGCUCCCCCAGCGGUGCCAGCGUCCCCACGAAAACUCACAAGUGCUCUCCCACCUGAAGUCAGUAACGGGAAGCCCUUCCAAGGCCAAGCCUGUCUCGGAAAUGGCCCUGCUCCGGUUUCCGUUACAGUUGGUGACCGGACAUGCUCUGUGUCUCCUGAAGGACUGUCACCACCACCACAGCCCCCUCCUUUCUCUCCUGCCCCACCCCCGCCACCCCCACCGCUGCCCCCUCCUUUGCCGUCUUGGUCUCAAGCCCAUCCGAAUCCACACUUCCGGACCUCAGUCCAGGAUGACCAGCCACUGCCUCUCGUGUGUGAGCCACCUGCCCUGAGACCGCGUGGUGCCCCGCCCAGCUUCGGGGGUCCAGGCUCAAUGGAAGAAGUGCUGGCCUCCCUUAGAUGCGGCAAGACCCCACUCCGCAAAGUGGACGUGCCCCCCGCCGGGCCCCUGCCCCAGGCCACUGUCAAUGAGGACAUUCUGGCUGCCAUAAGGCAGGGGGUGAAGCUGAAGAAAGUGCCUCAGGACUCGGGCAAGUGCCCCAGUGGUGUCCAGAAAGGCACCAGCGAGCUGCAGAGGAGCAUCCAGGCCGCCCUGCAACGGAUCAAGAGGGUGGCAGCCGACUCGGAAGAGGAGGACAUGGAGAACCCCGGCGAGUGGGACCAAUGACUGUGACUUGUCCCUGCUCCGACUGGGGCGGGACACACCAUGCACACACCGCAGCUUUUAUUCCAUGAUGCGCAGUGUGUUGUGUGGCGACUGCUGGCAGUGCCCGGGCCCAGUGGAGUCGGACUCAGUUCACUGUGGGUGGAUCCAAAAGGCGCUGUGGCCACCCUGCCGGCAGCACAGUCGCACUGUGCAGGUGCGACUCUAAAUAUUUAAAUAGACUUUAUUUUGUGUAUCAAGUCCACCAUAAAGAACUAUAAUGCCCUAGCACUCUCCCUGCCUAUGCGACCACUGAGGCAGGGGCACUGCCCGGUUCCCUUCUGGGCUCUGUGCUUUGUGUUAACACAAGAAUGGGAGGGCAUCUUCCUCAGUCUGCCCCUCACCUCAGCCCCGACUUCAGUCCUGGGCCUCC